AGCCACGGCGGUCACCUUGGGGGGGUCUUUACUUCACACCUCCCCGCACCAUGAGCUUCCCAGUACGGACCAGUGGGUGAACUGGGGGGGGGUUGCACCACAACCCGCUCCCCCCGCGGGGAAAACCCCCAGAGCUUCCCUGUACGCACCCGGGCCCCGCAGCCUCAACAUGGCGGGCGCGUUGCCCUUGGUAACGGCCACAUCCGGCGGGAAGCGCGCGUCACGUGUGGAGCGGGGAGAGCGGGAAGAUGGCGGCGGCCCUGGCGGCGGGACCGGGAGCGGGAGCGGGAGCGGCGCCGCUGCUGCGGAUCACGGCGGAGUGCGGGCGCAGCCGGGCGCGGGCCGGGGAGCUGCUGCUGCCGCACGGCCCCGUCCCCUGCCCGGUCUUCAUGCCCGUGGGCACCCGCGGCACGGCCAAGGGCGUCACGGCGGCGCAGCUCGCGGCGCUCGGCUGCCGCAUCUGCCUCGGAAACACCUUCCACCUGGGCACGCGGCCGGGCCCGGAGCUGAUGCGACGCGCGGGGGGGCUGCACCGCUUCAUGGACUGGCCCCACAACCUGCUGACGGACAGCGGGGGGUUCCAGAUGGUGUCGCUGGCAGCACUGGCGGAGGUGACAGAGGAGGGGGUGCACUUCUGCCCCCCCCACGGCGGCCCCCCCCUCCUGCUGACCCCCGAGAAAUCCAUCGACAUCCAGAAGGCCCUGGGCGCUGAUAUCAUGAUGCAGCUGGACGACGUGGUGAGCAGCACCACGGGGGGGCCGCGCGUCCAGGAGGCCAUGGAGCGGUCUGUCCGCUGGCUCGAUCGCUGUCUGGCCGCCCACCCGCCCCCCCAGCGCCAGCUGCUCUUCGCCAUCGUGCAGGGGGGGCUGGACCCGGCGCUGCGCACGCGCUGCCUGCAAGCCAUGACCGCCCGCCCCGUCCCCGGUUUCGCCAUCGGGGGGUUGAGCGGGGGGGAGGAAAAGGCCCAAUUCUGGCGCAUGGUGAAGCUCAGCACCGACCUGCUGCCCCCCGACAAGCCGCGCUACCUCAUGGGGGUGGGUUACGCCACCGACCUGGUCGUCUGCGUCGCGUUGGGCUGCGACAUGUUCGACUGCGUCUUCCCCACCCGCACGGCCCGUUUCGGCUCCGCUCUCGUCCCUUGGGGGUCCCUACAGCUCAAGAACCAACAAUUCGCCCGCGAUUUCCGCCCCAUCGAUGAGAAUUGCGGUUGCCCCACAUGCCGCCGGCACAGCCGCGCGUUCCUCCACGCGCUGCUCCGCACCGACCCGGCCGCCCUGCACCACCUCACCGUGCACAACAUCGCCUAUCAGUUACAGCUGAUGGAAUCCAUCCGCGAGAGCAUCCAGGCCCAGCGCUUCCCACAGUUCGUCCGCCAGUUCAUGGCCACCAUGUACGGGGGGGGACCCGCGGGUGUCCCCCCCUGGGUCCGCGAGGCUUUGGGGAGCGUCGGCAUCACCCUGGACUGACCCCCCGACCCGGGGGGGGGCAAACCCCCCAUGCCCCCCCCAGGGUGGUUUUACAUCUAUUUUUAUACUUUUUUUGUGGUUUUUUUUUACUAUUUGGGUUGUGAUGUUUUUUUAAGGGGGGGGGGGGUGGUUAAAUAAAGUUUGUUGGUGGGAA